GAUCUCUGGCGCCGGAAGUAGGGCAAUGACGUCGCGAGGGAGCUCCGCGGGUACUUCCGGUGGGCGGAAAGAGCGGUUUUGAGUCAAGAUGGCGGCGUCUCUGUUGAGAUUAGCUGGCCGGCGCUGCCUCUGCGUUCGUCUUGGUCCAGGACUCUCCACACAACCUCUGGUCUCCAUGGCAACGACUGCAAAAGAAGAAAUGGCCCAGUUUUGGGACAAGAACACUCGGUCCAGCCGCCCUUUAUCCCCUCAUAUCACCAUCUACCAAUGGUCUCUCCCCAUGAUGAUGUCCAUUUCCCACCGUGGUACAGGAGUUGCAAUGAGUUUAGGAGUGUCGCUCUUUGGCUUAAGUGCUCUGGUACUUCCAGGGCAUUUCGCUGACUAUCUGGAGCUCAUCCGGUCCCUCAGUCUGGGCCCUGCUCUCAUCUACUCAGCAAAGUUUGCCUUGGCUUUCCCCUUGACCUUCCACACUUGGAAUGGAAUCAGACAUUUGGCAUGGGACAUGGGCAAAGGAUUCAAGAUACCUCAAGUCUACCAGUCUGGAGUCCUUGUCCUCAUCUUGACAGUUUUGUCCUCCGUUGGGAUUGCAGCCAUGUGAACCUGAGCCAGGAGCAGCUCUCCUCCCACCAUUAUGGCUCUACUCCAUUUCGUACCUGAUUUACUUAAUCAAAGCUUUGGGAGUGUGCCUACUAAUUCUUGGUCUAGAUACAGUCAGGUUGGCAAUGCAGAGUGAGUGAACAGUUCACAGAUCAGUACAUAAUUAAUUGUAAAUUGAAAAGAGGCAGUUAUUUUGCUGUCUCUCAGAUUGGCCGAAAUUACCGUACAAAUUCCUAUAUAUUACUGUGUGUUUGUGAAGUCCAACAUUCUUAAGGACUUAAGGGAUCUUCUCCGACUGAAGCCGAAGACUUGGAUGUACACGAUUCUAGAAGGCCGAGAAGAGCAGAGUACUGACUGUCUAAGAAGUUCUCAUACAAUCUACCACAAGCCUUUGCUUUUCUCAGCUGUAUGCUGUCUUUUCUUUCUUUUUCCUCACCCUCCGUUUCCAAAGGCUAGAGACAAUACCAGCCUUUGUACACAGCUGAGGGAGAAGGGAGCUCCAGCAGUGCAGUGUGUGAGCGAACAUGUGGGUAUAUUUUUAAAUGGACAACAAUCCCCAUUGAUGGCUGAACUGUGGCAAGACCAGCACAUUCAGCUUUGGCCACCUCCAGCUGCUCUCCUAUUCUUGUCUCUGGAAUACUGAUAUGAGGGUGUUUUAGGGACUGCAGCCUAAGGCUCUCUCUGUUGAAAAGUUUAUGAUAACAUGCUUAAAAGUCGUGUUACUUUUGCCCCAUGCAAGACACACCAGACAUAGAAAGGAAACGACAUAUUCUUGUGUUAGGAUGUUAGGACAUUGCCUCUUUUGCAGAGAACUGGGCCUGUUUAAUUCAAAUCUUUAAAAAUUGGCUUGUCUUCCUCUUUUUCAAGAGCUAUCAUCAGCCAAGUCUCUAGACAUCAUCCCCUCUGUAAAUAUAAUCUGUCAUGUGCUGAAGUUGAAUGGCCUUCUUUCUUAGGGUCGAAGCAUCUUCCCUCUCAAUUGUCACAACUGUUGCUUUGGUUUUAUAAAGGACUUGCCCUUUCUGUUAAUAAAUAAGCCUCAGCCUUUUGUUGGUCAAAUAACAGUAAUGGUUCAAAGUUAUUUUACAUGUUUCUGGUUAAGAAGGGACGGUAUGCUGUAGAAAAGCAAUUGCUACAGGUCUCUUGGUUCUUGAUGCAGAAUUGCCCAGCCUUAAAAUGUUGGCAUACUUUAAGGCCAAAUGCACCACUCAUCCACUUCUGUGGCUCAGUAGUAAAGAACAUGUUCUAUGUGCAUAAAGUCUAGCUUUGGCAUCUGUAGCAAGAGCUGGGGGAAAUUAUUUUUUGGAAACAAAAUUAUAAAGAUUGGAAUAUUUAUUUA